GUGGAGUGUGUGGCAUCGGGGCGAGUGCCAUUUAGAGCGGGCUGAGUCUGUGCUAGGAUCGGAGAGGUCAAGGUGGUUAUUAUUUGAAGAUGUUACGGUCCAAAAUGAUGAGGUUCGCUCUUGCUGGUGCUACAGUGGAUUGCUGCAGCAUACCUCAGCACAGGCAACAGAGGUUCUCGGUAUGGCGAAUCUUGACUGGCUACGUCUUUCUGGUCGAGAUAGCGAAUUACAGUUUCUCCGUUUACAAAAGCUACUUGGGCGUCGACGAAGAUGAAAGUCGAGGACGAAGGAGGAUACGAAUCUCGGACGAGAGUGGAGAAUUUUCCACCACCUCCUCCACGUGUGGCCACGACAGAGGUUUUAGGAAUGACGACACAUCAGCGAGGUCAAGAGCGCCGCAGGACAGUGGUGGCCAUUCAAGGCAUGCCUGCACGACAGCAACUAGUACAACUUCUAUCUCGAGAAAAAUGGCCUCGACACCUUCAAGGGCUGUCAAAUUAUUGCCGCGUUCAAUUUUUCUACCGUUUUUGCCGCUUGGUGCGCAGGCGAUCUUUAUCGAUUACGAUUGCGCCUUUGGUAGUUACACCUAUGACUGGACCAAGAUUUACGACAUGGUCAUGAAGGAGUACCUCGGUUCAGGCCGCACCAGCAUGGAGAUACCAAAUUUUGUGUCGCAGAACGUGGUCAACCUCUUGUCAAAAGGGAAGCGUGAGUGUCCUCUAGGCGCGAUGCAGAUCGCGAUCAUGUUCUACUACUACACACUGCGGGAUUACGAAGUGUCGGUUCUGAAAUUGGUGGCAGGUGUGCGAAGAGAAGUGUUGCAGUGGGUAGCAUCAAGGUCCUCAGAUGAGCCUUUACCAGUGGACUUGCCUCGCUUCAGCGCCAGUGAGGGAAUAGCGCGCAUCAAGGAAGACUUGGCAGCGGUGACGGAGACCAAGCGUAGAUUGAUCGCGCAUGGGAAGGGUUUAGACAAUACAAAUCUCGACGACAAGAAGCUACUUUUGCUGCCCGAUAGCGAACUGCCAGACGGCAAACUGCUGGAUGCUUUGUUAGAACCCGAGUGGUCGCCGGAAAUCAAGAUUUCGAAGGUGACUAUGUCAGAAUCUACCACGACGACAUCAACGUCGAGUGAAGGUGUCAGUGUCGCUGCGGAUGGGUCGAUAACGGAAGAGGAAAAUGCCCUAGUCAAAGCCGACAGGACGAAGAGGAUACAUGAGGAGCACAGCCCAACAAUGUGGAGGCGGGGUCUCAUGCAGGAACUUAAGCGGCGACCGCGGCGGAGGCAGUCGUAUCUAGAUGGGGUGGAUGCAUUGCUCAAGUACGUAGAAACAAAAGCGGGCACUGUUUGGGGAAAAUUUGUAGAGGAAGUGGCCGCGGCCGGACAAAAAAGCACUGUAGAAAGCGCUAGUGCAUCAACAGCUUCGUCUUCAGCUGAUAAGCUUGAAAAAAGCGAGGCUCUGGAACUCUUCUAUUUCCUGGCGCAUUCGCUGGAUCGGUAUUAUGACCCUGUAACCGCCGAUCCGCAGCUGGUCCCCGAAGACCUAGACAGCAAAUUGAAGAUUCUGCUCUUGAUUUUAGAAGAAUUGCCUCAGUUGGAUUCGGCGAACGAGCUCCAGUAUGGUCGACGACACUCUUUGCUGACAAACGUAUUCACCUUCGCGCGGGAAGAAAACAAGCAGCAUUCGCAUACGCCUGCUGGAAUUCGCUUGGUAUGCGACGUUAUUAUUGGAUGUUCAAUUGGUUUUCGUCGCCUGAGAAGUGUGUAAGUGUACAAGCCUUUCGAAGUAGAAAUUUGUCGAAGAUACUAGUCGUUAGGCACAAUCCUCGUCGCAAAAGUUUUUAUUUUUGUGUUUCCUUCAUACCUCCGGCAUGCAAUACGCGGGAAUAGCACUCGACCGAUGCGCGGUUCAAACUACGAGGUCGGGCUGCAACUACAAGAACCAGAGUUGGACUUCAUCGAUAGCGAAUUCGAGUGGCAGCUGAACGAAGAAGUCUUGUCCAAUUUAGGAUCUCUGGAUCCAGAUGAGCUUGAGUGGGUGGAAGUGGACACCAGUAGCCAUAUUACAGCACCUCCACUCAUGUUUCGACGCUUGUACCCAAACGUGAACCCUAACUUCGAUCACGAGGCGGGAUUGGCGGCAGAAGCGAAGAAAGCGGCGCGACUAAACGACAUCAGCUUCAACCACCUGUCCUUUGCGCUCAGAAGUUUAGGAGAAGAGGCUUUUUAGUAGAUGAAAGUCGGUCGUAUGGACGUAUGCGAAUCUUCUUCAGCUGAAGCUGCAUAAAAAGUCUUCGCUUACAAUAUCAGUUUAACUAGUUAGCUUACAUCAGAAUUUAAUUGAUUUCUGUUUCUAGCUAAUAAUAGACGUCUGUUCCUCUCGCUGUUCUUCAUUCUGUCUGAGCAACAAGUUUCUCGUUUCGCUAGCUGAAUUCCAUCCGCUGAUUGCGCAGUGCGUGAGGGAAAUUCGGUACUAUAGCGAUUUGAUCCAGGUAAUGCUGCAGGAAUACUCGGUCACCAUUCUGGCGGAGUCCCGUUGGCCAAUCUUCGAGGCUUUGACGCUGAGUCAGCCUUACCAUGCUGUCUCCAAGGAGUUUCUGUGCACGGAAGCUAGCAGCGACGGCCUGCUGGACUGGGCGUCAGUUCGGAUAAAAAUGCAGGAGUGGAGCCAGGUCAAAUCGCUGAAAAUCCAGUACCCGGACUCUGAGGAAAUCGAUGAGGUAAAUUUGGAACUCGAGCGGUACACUGCGGAAAUGGUGCAGGCGACGUUAGGCUCAAAACAGAUGCACGCACAGAGCGAAGUAGAGUGUCCUUUGGCGUUGAUGCUCGUAGCAUGUAUCGAAAUCGCGAGCGCGGCAAACCGAUACACCGAAUACGUCCCGAACUUCGAGGCGCCGGUACGCCCUCAUGAUACGUAGAAGAAAAAUAGAUUGUUAUUCCAUUCUAAGUCCUUGAUAGAUAUAAUCACUCAAAGCUGACUUAGGAAUGAUCGUUGAGUAGUGGCAAGAAAUUUUCACAUUCCCUAAACACAUACAGGUGAACAUGAUGUUCGAGACGUUGAACUGGCAGAGGAUUUCUGCUGCAGGGUGGCCGAUUUGGCAGACGUUGGUGUAUUAUUCCGACAUCAAUAAGGGCGAAUUUCUCUUUUCCGGAGACAAGAAAUAUGCGCGGAAAUUUUUAGACUUGGAUUUGCGAGAGAACGAGUUGAACCUCUACGACUACGAGAAGCAGCAAUUCGGUGAUCUGCAGGCUUUGCGCACUGCGCCUUCAUUAGGUGUGUGGGGUGGCCACGUGCGAGCGAUAUUGAUGCGCAAAAUGAAUGAGGAGGGAUUUCAAUUGCGGCCAAUUUUUGUCUCGCUUCUAAACGCAAUAGCCAUUUCGUUGGGCUUCGAGAAACUCCUUGAAACGGGAAGACCGGAAGAGGAGGGCGACAAAGAGGACGCGGAUGAGGAGGGAAGGCCGAAGAGAGAGGCUCACGUUCUUGGAAGCCAGAACGCUGUCAACAAGGGAAGCCAAGGUGGUGACGCAGCUUCCUCAUCGGACGAGCCUGCUGUAAUGCUGAACGACUUCUAUUGGUGCGGUGACUUCUUUGACGAAUACUACGUGGAGGCGCUGCAUAAACGGGAGAGCAUGCGAAAAAUCGGGUCCGGUGCACAGCACAUCGUAAAACAGAUCGACAACAAGGUUGCAGGCUACGACAAACUCAUUGGGGAAAACAUGCUAGCUCGAGACUACGUAAAGUUGUACGGAGAAAGGGAGCAGAAAAGCGGCGGCGCCAGUGGCACGAAGUUGCUUGAAUACCGCAAUCACUUCACGCCAGCAGAAGGCGAAGCGCCUAUGCCGCUCGUUCUGAAAGAACAAGACGUCCUUGGGGAUCAAAAAGACUUGUUGAACUUUCUCUUUCAACAAGAGUUUGGCUUAGAGUGCGCCAGCAGUGGCACAACAGAUCGAGAGUGCAUUCUCUCCCGCGGGUGCUGCAUCGCUAGACCCGACCCGCGCAAGAAGUCUCCAGCAUAUUCGCGAGGACCUGGAGCAGAUUCCGAAGACCAGUCACAAACACCUCCUGAGCAGACUGGAGAUGGUAAGACGCGUAAGAGCAUUCAGCCGAACCAGUCAAAACAGAAUUGGAGCACUGAGGAGGCACGUUUUAUUGACAACACGGAAGAAGGGGACUACAGUGGGCUUCGAUUUACGCACACAACGUUGCCGCAACCAAAGUGCCUCCAUCAUCCGAGUACACGAAUAGUGAACCCGUUGAACCAGGCUCGUCCGCAGUACUCACCAGUUGGCGCGGUGUUCGAAAAAGAUUUAUGCUUGUGAUGGAAAAAAGAAUUUUGCAUACUGAGACGGAACAACUCGUGUAUUUUGCUCUCCUAGGGCUUAGUUCACUUUGUAGGUUUGUGUUUUCUUCAACGACCAGUUUCCUUUUUCAUAAGUACUGGCGGACGGACGAGCUGACGUGGACUCGCAGAGUGGAAAGGCAAUCGUUCGAACGGGUCGGCGGCUUGUUUUGGUUACGCUCUUGUAUGGACAGAAUUGGUCCGAAGUUUUGCCUAUCAUGCUCAGCCGCAUUUAUGGACAGCUGCAGUUGCCGUAUCCCAUGGUGGUUGUGUCAGUGGGUGAAACGGCGUAUACGACAUGCUUGAAGUUUCAAACGUACGGCCAAGUCGGCUGCUGGCAGCCGAAGACACCAUCGCAGGUACUUAUCUUGAAAUAUUUUAUUCCUACUCAAUACUCACUCUCGACGACGGAAGCAUCGUGGCUGGCAAAUACAGGUCGACUGAUUCAGAAGUUGCAUCUCUUUUCCGACUUCAAUGAAUGAUACAGGUUCAUCGAUUUACGAUCAUGUUUUUCUUGCUGCAAUUGGGGCUGGAGCUCCUGUAUUUUGAUAUGGAUACGUAUGCGGUGCAGGACUUUGUCACGCCUAUUGUCGAAUACGCGGACCAUCACAACCACGAUAUCCUGUUCCCUCAGCACCCGGAUGGGCCUUGCAUUAACAUCGGAUUGUAUUUUUCCUGACAAUUGUGAUACUUGGAAUGAUAUAUAAGGAUAAGCUACUUCGAUCAAAUUGGUACCAAUUUGAUCACAUCAGUAACGGCAACUACUGGCAUUUAAGCCUCCACUGCUUUUUCCUUCUGUGGCUCAGGUUCUACAUCCGACCAACGAUUCUGACAUUGCAGUGGUUCCACGAUUUUCUUGAGUGGUAUCACAGCUAUCCAUACGAGGUAGAUCAGCGCGGCCUCGACGCUCUGACAUAUGCGAACUCAACCCUGAAGGUAUCACACCAGCCGAAGCGCGUGGAUAUGGAACUGGCGAGGCCAUACUGGGUAACAGUUAUGGAUUUUGGUUUGGUGAUCGUGAUGAUAAUACUGGGUUGAUAUUCUUGUUUUGUACUUAACCUACAACUGGCCAAUGGGACUCAAUGCGUUAAAAAAAGGAAUAGGUUUUCUUGAGGAGCAAUAAAGUUGCGCCUUCGUUUUGAAUUUCUUUGCUCUCCAUUGCGUACAGGUUGACUCCCUACGAACAUACGUGAUGAUGGCAAAGCGCGGACCCUGGAUGGGAGAGCAUCAUGAAGUCAAGUUUAUCCACUGGUUCUCGCGCACCUUUGAAGACAAGUUUCCUGAAAUGCAGAUCGCGUACAAUGCCGGAGACAAAGCGGCGCAGGAGGGUCUCAGCUUGUCCCAGGCUAUGCGACUGGUGAAGCAAUUUCCCCAGCUGGCAGAGGCCCACGGGAAUUUCAGAGACGUCCAGCUGCUCAUGGAAGUCAUGAAUGUUUACAAGGUCGAAGAAAUACCGGAUAAACCGAAGUGCUGGUGAGUAUCCGAUUAGACUUGGUUGAACGGGAACCACAACUAAAGCCAGUUUACUUGUGAAUAUAGCUUGUCAAUGACGUAAAAGGCUCAUUGACCAUCAUUGUCAUCCAUAUGUUGUUCUUUUGUGCGCCCACGCUUCGUUAGUGCAUUUUAUGAUAAUAAGGAUUCCCAUGUGACUCAGUGCUAACAAACUUGUUCUUGAUCUGAAUCUUUUUUAUGGAGUAACGUUUCGGGUCAGCCACGAGGCCCUUCUUCAGGCAACGCAGAACGUAAUUGACCAUCGAAAGCAGGUGAACGGAUGCCCAUACGAUAUAUAGUUUGUAACGAUGACACUUGUAGGAUAAUUCGGGUGAGAAGAGAUACUGCGUUUGUACGAG